AUGUCGGGUCUUCCGCCUAACUGGGAAUGGGACUACGAUGGCAAACGCUGGUUUUAUCGCUACAAGCCAAAUGGCCAUGUCCAGUUUCACUUCCCCAAAGAGGGUGACGAGUUCCCCGAUUAUUUCGACGCCCUUUCACCAAUACCUGACCUCGCACCCGAAGAGAAGCUAGAAAGUCAGCAGCAGGUCAAGAGACGAACGACGCUCGAUCCCGAUCCUAAGUCGAAAAUGCGGGCAACUGGGGGCCCGCUGGCUGACUUUGGUAUGAACAGGAGUGGGUUUGGUGGCCCCGGCAUCGACGACGAUGAUGGAGAGGACUUUUACUACCAGCCUGAGAAUUUGAUGUAUCUUGGUCCUGGUGCUUACACCGAUGUCAGUCCUUUGGCCGAUGAAGACGAAAGAGAUGAAAUCCCCAAAGAUAGGCGCAAAAGUAAAGGCAACGGCGUACAAGAUGAGAACAAGGACAAGACCCUGCUUGAUGCGACUGCAGAUAGGACAGGUGUAUCGCCCCUCCAAAGUGAGUCAAACACGCCAUCCGUGGCCAACAGCCUUCCCGUUCGUGAAGCGGCCGUUGUCCCGGAGGCCGUUGCCAAGGAGCUUCCUACAGAGCCGGUGCUCACCGUUAGCACUCAAGAUCUUCCUCAGACAAACCAAGAUGCGUCAUCUCCUGGAGUCCCACUUCUCGACUCCGUUGAAAAGCCGCGUGUAGAGCUUCCCCCGCUUACCGGUCCGCCUCAUGCUGUACACUCCCCGCCCUGGGACCCUGUCGGCAUCAUGGCCGAAAUGGCUACAGAGCAUACGGCACCCGCUCAUAUUGAGAUACACCCCGACCCUGUUGAGAUGGGUGAUAAUGCUGUCUUAGCACCAAUAGAAACUCAAAUCGUGGACAUUGGCAUAGCUGAGCUGCCCGAACGCACCAGCCCUUCAGACACUAGCCCGCCUGUGCCAUCAACUCAUGAAUUGUUACAUCAAACCAACAUGACUGAUCAGGCCCUGUACGGCGCUACUUUUGGGUCGGGGUCCAGACCUCAGAGUUCUUCGCCUACUAAAUCAGCACAACAUACUCCUGAGUCGAAAGCCGGGCCUUUUCCACCGAAGCCCGUCCCCAAUGAUUCACUUCCAGAUUCCAGGGCUCCUCAGGCUCAGAAAUCAUCCGAAGUAUCAACCAACGAGACUUUUGCCAUCAGGCGGAAGCCCUCAAACGCAGGAGAGAAGCAAGGCAAAUACCAGCCAUACGUCCCCGGUGCUGUACCUACCGUUGCCUCCGAGAAAUUGAAGAGAGACCCUGAUUCUAGUCGCCGAGAGCACAGGAACUCGUUGGCAAGAGAAGCAUCAUUGAUGAUGGGUACACGCCAGAAUUACGAGACUUCAAACAUGCCUUCCAUUCUGCAACCUCCUGUGGUGCCACCAAAACAUCCACUUGAAAGCGCACAGCCUCCCGUUCAGCAACCUAACAAUUCGACGCGACCUGAUAUUCCACGAACACAAACGGAACCAACAAUUUUGCCUAGCGGGGCAGCCAACGCAGCUGGGCAGCCUACACACGGGCCUCUACAGCACAUACCCUCGGUGCUUAAGCCAGCAAGUGGAUUUCCACAAGGCCGCCCUCAGCCGCCUCUGUCUUCUGACAGUUCUCACACUCAGGGAAAGGAUGUUGUCGCGCCUCUUGCUGCUCCAACUAAGACCCAUUUCCAAAAUGGGGGCUUGAACCAAACUCCGCCUAGAAAAGGGCAAUAUUUAGCUUUCCAACCAGGAUUAGCUGCGAAGCAGGUCCAGCAACCGCGCGGAACUCAACUGGAUGCGACGGCACCAUCUGGGUCCAUCCCCCAUUCACUUACUCCAGCCCCUGGCCAGCAGUUGAUGGGUCCUCGGCCUGCCAUUCAGCGAGUUGAAACGGCUCCAACACAAUCCUUAUCUGAACAACGGCAGCCGGCAUCCCACACAUCGUCACAGACAGCUACAUACAAAACCUCACCGGGAGCGCCCGGCUUGCCUCACUUUCUCCAGCGUCCCCAAGCCCAAGGCGAUGUUGGGCAGCAGCCUGGUAGCCUAACUCAGUUGGAGUCUCCUCCAGCUACCAUUCGCCCGCGAUCGAGCUCUGAUGCGCCACCGCACCUUAGUGGCGUACAGGGACCAGCUGCCCUUAUUCCUGGACAACCGCGUGUCGUAGCGAGCACUGAAGAUAAUGCUGCCGUGGCUGUGGGGUCUUCGGUAGUGUCCAGAAUGGCUGCUAGGCCUCGAUCUGCAAUGGAUUUCAUGCAGGGGCGUUCUCCGUCAGGGGCGGACCAGGAAAUACAGCAGCCAGGCCCAUCUCUGCCACCGGAUCGUAGUCUACCACGGCAAACCUCCUUCGCUUCAAGUGAGGUUUCCUCACUGGGACCACCAACGGGAAGUCAGUCGUCGGGGCAGCCUCUGCAAACGCCGUCGCCAUUGGAGGUUGGAGGAAGACGUCCCUCCUCAGGCUUCUUCCAAGGCGCCAACGUCAACGGGUUUCCAUCCGCAUCUGAAGGGGGCAACUCCCAUGUUCAUCUUAACAAUCCAGGAUCGCGGCCUGCAUCUUUCUCAGGACCAACUCCGACUUCACCUCCAGCUCCGAUACAACCCAUGGCUUCUAGGCAACCUGCAGACCUCAGUGAUGUUCAAAGCCCUCCGGCAAUUCCAAAGAAGGUCCCAAUUGGACCUCCAGGCAACAAUUCCCAACCACCACUAUCAAUGAUGCCAGGUAAUCGCACUAUCCAGAACCUUGUUGGAGCUUCACAGUCACCUACGAAUCGUCGUCAUUCGUUACCUACAGGACAGCUAAAUGAUCCUGCGGCGCAACCCGUCUUUGAACAGUCUCAGUUCCAACAACACGGAUCGGUAUAUCCCAGUUCUCAGCAUCAGAAAGAGGCAUACCAAUUGGGUUACGGUAUUUCAAGACCGCAUUCGGCGCAGCCCAUUCAAUCUCAGUCGUCCGCCGGAUCUCAACACGCACCGCAAUCAAUCCAUCCACUUCAGCCCGGACCCAAGGCCACCAAGCAGGCGUCAGAACGUCCACAACGUCCCACGGUCACUCCACCAUCGCAACAGUUCUUCGGUCCCAUGAGCCCUAGGACUCCAGGACACCUUCUUCAGCCAAUUCAGGAGCACGGUGACAACGAUCAUCCCACAAGCAGUGUGCCAGUCAGAGUUGCAUCUCAAACUACCAAAGAUCCUCAUCGUCAUUCCCCAAGCAGUGCUAGACGAUCGUCCACAGGAUCGUCUCAAUAUCCGUCGUCAGCCGAGUCACCCAACGGGAAGGGUAUUGAACAUCUGGCGACCCAAGGACUCGUACACCAACCAAACAGGCCGCCUCAGCAGUUACAGCAACCAUUCUCACCAGCUCUUGCCAUAGCUGGCCAGACAUACUCCCCUAUACAGACCAACCCUUUCCAAUCUCCGAUCAAUAGUGUUCAGUCUCCUCAACAUGCAAUGAAUCCUGGUUCAGCAUUUCCAGUCAUGCAACAGCCAGCAAAGGAAAAAGAGAAAGGAAGCUGGUUAUCCAAGUUUAUGAAGGGCGCUGGCAAACCAACAAUGCUCCAAAAGCCACCACCCCCAAACCAGACAUUUUCCGUAUUGCCGCAUUCACCUAAUAACGUGGCCCCAGGACAAAGCGGCCAGUGGCACAACUCCCCAGUAAAUGCCAUGAGGCCUGCGACGAUCGCACCGCAACAGGCCAACCAGGCUAACACAAAUCCGCCAACACCGGCCAUGUUUCACCAAAGCCGACCCCCAGUUCCUGACCUGACAUCUCCUGGGUCUCAAAGCCUCCAGAACGGGCCAGAUCACGGUCACAAUCUCUCCCGGCAAUCUAAUGAUGUUCCCCAGGCGAGACAACAACAAGCCCCAGUUGUGUCGAUACCGCAAGAUACCCUAAAGCUACAGAUACAUCCCCAGAGUAUACCGUUUAGUAGUUCAGCUCAGCCGCGGAAUUCUCCUCAGCAAGUCAACGAUCGCCAAAGUUUUCAGACACAACAGCGGGGACCACCAGCCACUUCGGGUUUACAGGAAGCCCCCAAGCAAUACUCUCAGCCCCAAAACAUGCCAAGCAAUCCGGUUCACAGUUUCCCUCCGCAACCGACGGAUCACCAAGUUUCUCAGACUGCACCGCAACAAAAGGCAUUUUCGUCAGCGCUGCAGGAAGCCCCUAAACAACAUGUCACUCCACUGAGCAUGCCAGUUGGCCCAGGCCCAAGUCUUUCUCAGCAGCCCAGCCGCCAGGUUCCUCAGAUAACGCAUCAACAAAAACAAAUUGUUUUGCCGCCUCCGGUAGCGUCUGAGCCACAGAUACCAAAGCUACCGGAUAGCGGCAAAUUUAUAACCCAGCAGACAGCGGAUUUGCCGCCUGGUGGCCUGGCACCAGCUCUGGGAAUGCCAAAUGAUCAUCAGGCCAUAGACAACAUGUCAGAUGCCGCAUCUGUUUCUGCCAUAUCAGUUUCAACCGUGGAUGUGUCUGAGGCUCAGGCACAGCCCGUUUUGAAGCCGCAGCUGGUGACAGUUGAGAAGCCUAAUAACUCGACGGGACAGCAUCAACUGCCAUCUCGAGUUGCAACAACUCAAAGCUCUGGCGUCCAGGCGACACCAGUAGCGCCACCACAGGAGGUUAAAGCGAGCCAUUCGAUGGACCAAGAACUGACUGUGGCGCCACUAUUUUCCAAACGCCAGACGACGGCUACUGUUGCUCCUGUCCCAGCAAACACGGCCCCUAAAGUCAAUGAUAAAUGGGCCAAGAAGCCUGCUGUCGAUUAUUCAGGAGAUGAUUGGGGUGAUGACCCUUGGGAUUAUCAGUAA